GAGGCAGGGGGCGGAGGGGCCGGGAGUCCGGCGCUUUAUCUUCGUCUGCGGCCGGGCUGGCGGUGUUGCCGGCCGUGGACACCCGGAGAGCUGCCCGGAGCUGACCUUCCUGCCGGCCGCGCUCCGACGGCCCCCGGUUCUGCCUUCCUUGCCGAGGUCCCCGCUGCCGGGCUCCGGCCCCAGAUAACACAAUGGUGGGCGAAGAGAUGUCUCUAAGAAAACGGCUGUCAAAGUCCAGUGACGAUCCUGAAGAAAAGGAAGACCAGGGGAACCCUGCAAAGCAGGCCCCAGAGAAUCCCCCCUUAGGCCGGGUUGACAUAAAAGAGUUAAUUGCAAAGAAGAAACAGUUGACAGCAGAGGCAGAGGAAUUGAAGCCAUAUUUUAUGAAGGAAGUUGGCACUCACUUUGAUGAUUUUGUGACCAAUCUCAUUGAAAAGUCAGUCUCAUUAGAUAGUGGUGGGUGUGCGCUCACAUCCUUUUCUGUUCUUGGAGGAGUGAACAACCAUAGAGCUAAAGAUCUGAGAGCACCUCCAGAACAUGGAAAGAUUUUUGUUAUAAGGCGAUCUCUCUUAGAUGAGCUGUUCGAGGUGGACCACAUCAGAACAAUAUAUCACAUGUUUAUUGCCCUCCUCAUCCUCUUUAUCCUCAGCACACUUGUGGUAGAUUACAUUGAUGAAGGAAGGCUGGUGCUUGAGUUCAAUCUCAUAUAUUAUGCUUUUGGCCAGCUUCCUGUUGUUAUAUGUACAUGGUGUGCCAUGUUCUUGAGUACACUUUCAGUUCCCUACUUCCUCUUUCAACAUUGGGCCAGAGGCUACAGCAAGAGUUCUCAUCCAGUGAUCCAUUCUUUCUUCCAUGGCUUGCUUCUCAUGGUCUUCCAGAUUGGAAUUCUAGGUUGUGGACCAACAUAUGCUGUAUUAGCAUAUACACUGCCACCAGCUUCCCGGUGCAUUGUCAUCUUUGAACAGAUUCGUAUGAUAAUGAAGGUCCAUUCAUUUGUCAGAGAGAAUGUGCCUCGGGUAUUGACUUCAGCUAAGGAGAAAUCAAGAACUGUCCCAGUACCCACAGUCAACCAGUACUUGUAUUUCUUGUUCGCGCCAACCCUCAUCUACCGGGACAACUACCCCAGGACUCCCACUGUAAGGUGGGGUUAUGUGGCUAUGCAGUUUGCACAGGUGUUUGGCUGCUUAUUUUAUAUGUACUACGUCUUUGAAAGGCUCUGCGCCCCCUUGUUUCGGAAUAUCAAGCAGGAGCCCUUCAGUGCUCGUGUUCUGGUCCUAUGUGUAUUCAACUCCAUCUUGCCAGGUGUGCUGGGGCUGUUACUUACUUUUUUUGCCUUUUUGCACUGUUGGCUCAAUGCCUUUGCCGAGAUGUUACGCUUUGGUGACAGAAUGUUUUAUAAGGAUUGGUGGAAUUCCACAUCCUACUCCAACUAUUACAGGACCUGGAAUGUGGUGGUCCAUGACUGGCUGUAUUACUAUGCUUACAAGGACUUUCUCUGGUUUUUCACUAAGAGAUUCAAGUCUGCUGCCAUGUUAGCCGUCUUUGCUGUGUCUGCUGUCGUGCAUGAAUACGCCUUAGCUGUUUGCUUGAGCUUUUUCUACCCAGUGCUCUUCGUGCUUUUCAUGUUCUUUGGAAUGGCUUUCAACUUCAUUGUCAAUGACAGCCGGAAAAGGCCGAUUUGGAACGUCAUGAUGUGGACUUCACUUUUUGCGGGCCAGGGAGUCCUCCUGUGCUUUUAUUCCCAAGAGUGGUAUGCACGUCAGCACUGUCCUCUGAAAAAUCCCACAUUUCUGGAUUACAUCCGACCACGUUCCUGGACUUGCCGCUACGUGUUUUAGAAGCUUGGACUUGGUUUCCUUCCUUGACACUGAAGACUGGGUAUUCUGCCUGACUUGGGGCCGGCAUCUAUUUCCAGCUGUUACUGAUGAAGUUAUCCCUGUUGUUUGGACCACUCCAGGCUUGACAGAUGACUCACUCCAUCCCUAGGUCAUCUGGAGCUGAGCUGUUGGAAGUUUACUGGACUUAAUGUAUACUUAAGCAGUGCUUUUUUGUAUUACUUUGCGGAGAAGGAAGACUUAAUAGCUAACGUAAUGACAGAUGUUUGCUGGGUCAUAUUGGCUUAAGCCUCAGAAAUUAAAUGUUUUCUUUCUCGACUAUCUAAUUAGAGGCUAAACAUCAUGUUUCCUUGGCCAUUGAAUUAGCCAAACCACUUAUGAAGAAAUCAUUUAAAUACCUCUGGCUUAGAAAUUUUUUCAUGCACACUGGUGGAAUGUAUGCUAAUUAACCAUGCAAUUGGGAAAGAAAAGUUUUGCUAUUUCUAGUAGAGAGAAAAUAUCUACUUUCCAAAGAUAACCUUAUUAUAAAUCCUAAUUUGUGGAUGGUUGUUCUUCUCAGCCUGUAUUUUUUUGAAAAAAGCUUGGUUCUACCCAAGUUUUAUCUUGUUUUACUAUACAGUGUAGGUCAUGGUUUCUAUGAAGCAAAAUUACAUCUUUCACCUUGAAUUCUUGAGGUUUCAUUCAUAAUAUUAUAUAUGAGAAGAACAGAAAUAGGAUGGGAAAGAAAAAGAAGGCACGGGACAAAGAAAAAUAUUUCCUCAUAACUUUCAAAGAAAUUUUUUUUAAAAACUUGCGGAAUCAAUCAUAUGUUUAAAUUAUUUUAUCAUGUAACUUGUAUGGAAAAUAAUUUUUAAAAACUUUAAGGUCAUAACUUCUUUUAAGUUAUUUAGAAGUAUCCUUUGGUACAGUUAUUUUAUUGUCUAAUAACUACUGACUUGAAUUAAUUUGCAGACUAGUAAGUCUGUAACAGAAGUAUUAAUCGCCUCCAAUAAUAUUAAAGUGAUUCUUAAAGAUCCAGAA